AUGAACGACAAGUACCACCGGGCGGCCCGGGAUGGCUACCUGGACCUACUCAGAGAGGCUACUCGGAAGGAGCUGAACGCGCCGGAUGAAGAUGGAAUGACACCGACGUUAUGGGCUGCAUACCACGGCAACCUUGACGCGCUCCGGCUCAUUGUGGGAAGAGGGUAAGUUUCGUUAAGUUUCCUAAGCAGCCGAUAGAGCCUAUAGCACAUACAAUAGCUUCUCUCGCAACUCAGCACCAAGGCAACUAACUUAAAAUGUUGCUCAGCUGUCCCCUUUGCAAAUUGGUCUACCUGUUGAACUAUCAACAAACAGGUGUGGAGGUGUCACUGUCGCAUGGUAGUGCGGUGCGCGCAGAGGCAACUUGGCAAUGUGCAUAUCUCCCUUCCAUCUGAAAAGGCAGUAGUCAGAGCCAUAUAUAGCCUAGGCUAGAGAUGUGACUAUUAUGUAGAUAUAUGAUCUUAUCUUUGAUAUUUGGCUAAUUUUAUCUAUAGGUGGACCCAGGAAUCGAACCCACAAUCCUGACGUUGAGCUACAAAAGACUACUAAAACCUCCAGUCAGCUGGUUCAAGCCCUGAUUACUAUCUAGGAACAAAAUGUACAUUCAAAUGACUGUUAAUGCCAGCUCAGGAUUUAUGUAUGCUGGUUUGACCCUCCUCACCCCAUCCAACAGUGCUGUUGAUGUGAUGGACAGCUCUUUGUCUCCAUUUUAACAGCCUAAUUAAAGGCAAAGGUCACUGGCAGAUGGAUGGCCUACCCAUCACUCUCUCACACACCCAUUCACAACCAUGGGGCAUGAAUACUUAUAAUAAUAAUAAUAAUAUGCCAUUUAGCAGACGCUUUUAUCCAAAGCGACUUACAGUCAUGCGUGCAUACAUUUUUUUGUGUAUGGGUGGUCCCGGGGAUCGAACCCAAUACCUUGGCGUUACAAGCGCCGUGCUCUACCAGCUGAGCUACAGAGGACCACGUACUUAUACAUGCACUCACACACGCAAGCACGUUCACACACACACAAUGAAAAAAAAGUAUGUUGAUUCAACUUACAAUUGUAAGGCAACCAGCUGCAAUAGGAUUGUGAGUUUGCUCAACAUUUGGGAAUAUCUGAACCAACAUACAUUCUCAAGUUGAAUUGUAUGUUCACUGAACUUACAAUUUUAGGUUUAGUGAACAUACAAUUCAACUUGAGAAUGUAUUCAGCCUUAUUUCUAUAUUUCCCACAGAGCAAAUUGGCCAGUGUUGAUUUCAGUGUAACAUUUAUAGUGUUGAUUCAGGAGUUAAAUUCACUCUGUAAGAGUGACGCUAACACUUAGUGUUGUAAAAUAACCCCCAGCGUUGGUGUUAAUAACCAAAGUUAUUGUUUUACACUGUGGAGAGUAAAACAGUCCCAUCAAAACCACACUCAUUAUUAUCAUAUUUCCCAGCAUGCUCUACUGCAGGUUGAUUUAUUUUUAUUUUUAAUAUAUGUCUGUGUUUGUACAUUGAUUGAUUGACAAAGAUAAAUUAUGCUUCACAAAGAUAAAUAUACAUUAUCCUAAACUAAGCCAAUCAGUUAGUUAGAUUUAUUGCACCCGUUAAAAACACUUUAUAUAUAUAUAUAUAUAUAUAUAUAUAUAUAUAUAUAUAUAUACAGUGAGGGGAAAAAAGUAUUUGAUCCCCUGCUGAUUUUGUACGUUUGCCCACUGACAAAGAAAUGAUCAGUCUAUAAUUUGAAUGGUAGGUUUAUUUGAACAGUGAGAGGCAGAAUAACAACAACAAAAUCAAGAAAAACGCAUGUCAAAAAUGUUAUAAAUUGAUUUGCAUUUUAAUGAGGGAAAUAAGUAUUUGACCCCUCUGCAAAACAUGACUUAGUACUUGGUGGCAAAACCCUUGUUGGCAAUCACAGAGGUCAGACGUUUCUUGUAGUUGGCCACCAGGUUUGCACACAUCUCAGGAGGGAUUUUGUCCCACCCCAAUCUUCUCCAAGUCAUUAAGGUUUCGAGGCUGACGUUUGGCAACUCGAACCUUCAGCUCCCUCCACAGAUUUUCUAUGGGAAUUAAGGUCUGGAGACUGGCUAGGCCACUCCAGGACCUUAAUGUGCUUCUUCUUGAGCCACUCCUUUUUUGCCUUGGCCGUGUGUUUUGGGUCAUUGUCAUGCUGGAAUACCCAUCCACGACCCAUUUUCAAUGUAAAAUAGCCCUUACACAGCCUGGAGGUGUGUUGGGUCAUUGUCCUGUUGAAAAACAAAUGAUAGUCCCAAUAAGCCCAAACCAGAUGGGAUGGCGUAUCGCUGCAGAAUUCUGUGGUAGCCAUGCUGGUUAAGUGUGCCUUGAAUUCUUAAUAAAUCACAGACAGUGUCACCAGCAAAGCACCCCCACACCAUAACACCUCCUCCUCCAUGCUUUACGGUGGGAAAUACACAUGCGGAGAUCAUCCGUUCACCCACACCGCGUCUUACAAAGACACAGCGGUUGGAACCAGAAAUCUCCAAUUUGGACAAUUUCCACCGGUCUAAUGUCCAUUGCUCGUGUUUUUUGGCCCAAGCAAGUCUCUUCUUCUUCCUAUUGGUGUCCUUUAGUAGUGGUUUCUUUGCCGCAAUUUGACAAGGAAGGCCUGAUUCACACAGUCUCCUCUGAACAGUUGAUGUUGAAAUGUGUCUGUUACUUGAACUAUGUGAAGCAUUUAUUUGGGCUGCAAUUUCUGAGGCUGGUAACUCUAAUGAACUUAUCCUCUGCAGCAGAGGUAACUCUGGGUCUUCCAUUCCUGUGGCGGUCCUCAUGAGAGCCAGUUUCAUCAUAGCGCUUGAUGGUUUUUGCGACUGCACUUGAAGAAACUUUCAAAGUUCUGGAAAUGUUCUGUGUUGACUGACCUUCAUGACCUAAAGUAAUGAUGGACUGUCAUUUCUCUUUGCUUAUUUGAGCUGUUCUUGCCAUAAUAUGGACUUGGUCUUUUACCAAAUAGUGCUAUCUUCUGUAUACCCCCCCUACCUUGUCACAACACAACUGAUUGGCUCAAAUGCAUUAAGAAGGAAAGAAAUUCCACAAAUUAACUUUUAAGAAGGCACACCUGUUAAUUGAAAUGCAUUCCAGGUGACUACCUCAUGAAGCUUGUUGAUAGAAUGCCAAGAGUGUGCAAAGCUGUCAUCAAAGCAAAGGGUGGCUAUUUGAAGAAUCUCAAUUAUAAAAUAUAUUUUGAUUUGUUUAACACUUUUUUGGUUACUACAUUGGUUACUCACACGUUCGUUGAGAGACGGGUCAGACCAAGGUGCAGCGUUGUAUGCAAACAUGUUUGUUAAACAAAACAAGAAACAACGUAACGUGAAGUCCUCAGGCUAUACACAUAUAAGCUUAAACACGGAACAAGAUCCCACAAACACAGUCGGCAAUGAGCUACCUAAGUAUGAUCCCCAAUCAGAGACAACGAGCGACAGCUGCCUCUGAUUGGGAAUCACAUCCCGCCAAACCGAGAAAUACACAUCUAGAUCCUAAACAUAGAAAUUCUAACAUAUAUCCUCACGCCCGGACCAAACCAAGUAAAGACAACCGGCCUCUCAAGGCCAGGGCGUGACAAUUCUACAAUGUAGAAAAUAGUACAAAUAAAGAAAACCCAUUGAAUGAGUAGGUUCUAAAACUUUUGACCGGUAGUGUGUAUAUAUAUUUUUUUUUACAUUUAAUUUCGAUUUUUCUGGGGUUGCUGCAGCACCCUCAGCACCCCUACUUCCUGUGGCUAUGAGUAGUAGUAGUGGUGAAGGGGUGGAGUGGACCCCCAUUCAUUGGUGGUAGCUUUGAUAAUGAGUUGAAUGAAUUUAUCACAUUCUGUAUCACAGGGCCUCCCUCCCUAGGUAAUACAUCCAGUUGAAUUACAUAAGAAAAUGCUGUUUUCAAUCAGAUCAACUUUUGAAAGGGCCCACUACUUUUACCACAUUGUUCGCUAGCAGGCUACCACGGACUAUAAAUAAUAAUAAUAUAAUAUACUUGUGAGCUACAGUAGCAGGGUACUAGCCAGAUAACAGCUAUACUCUUUGUGUCCCACAUAAACCACUAGGCAUACGUCACUUUAUUUAGGACCUACAGUAUACUGUAUGUCACUGUACACCCUCAGUGAUCUAUCAAUGGUGCUUUCUGACUUUCAAUGGGAAACAAGAGAGACUCAGGAUUUAGGAGUAAGGCUAUAUUAUCGUUUGAUAAGUCAGCUACUCUUUCAGCUACCGAAAGCUCCUUUGUGUACAGUACAGGCAAAAAGCCCUCCCUUUUGUUGAAGCUUUAAGUGCUGGACAAAGCAGGUUUGGAUGGAAGGGGUAUAGUAUUUACUCCCUAUUUAAGAGAGCCCUGUUACUCCCCAUGACAACCCACAAUGGUUGAGACAGCACCCAGGAGAGCAGGAGAGAUGAGGAGGAGGGUAGGGUCGAGACUCAAGGGAUAGAGAUGCAGAGGAGAGAGAGUAGAGGAGGAGGGUAGAGUCGAGACUCAAGGGAUAAAGAUGCAGAGGAGAGAGAGUAGAGGAGGAGGGUAGAGUCGAGACUCAAGGGAUAAAGAUGCAGAGGAGAGAGAGUAGAGGAGUAUAAGGGGAGGAGUAGUGGAUGAUAUGGUCGAGACUCGAGGGAUAUGUCAAGACCUUAGUGACAGGUUUAUAAGGCAUGGUGGUAAUUAAGUGUGGAGAGCGCAGUAGAGGCUGAUGCCUGAGAGAAGCGGCAGUGGUUAUUAACAGCAUAGAUAUUAGCUGUAGAGGAAAGGUCAGGGUGAUGGAUAGGACUAAUCGGGCAGACUGGUCCUCUAACGACACUCCCAGGGGACUGAUGCUACACCACAGGGCCAGGCUGGAGGUGGAUGAGCUAAGGAUGGACAGGACCAGAGCUGUGGUGGAGGUCAGAGGGCCUGCUAGAAGGUAAGAGGAAAAUAAUGAGGCUGAACAUCUAGGUCUGGGUGGUUUACCAGAUCCAGAUUAUUUAACAUAAUCUUGGACUAAUAAACACUGAAUGGAGAUGCUCUGUGUAAUGUAUUUCAUACAAAUUAUGCUUUUUCUAUUUGUGUAUUAUUAUUUUCGUUAUACAACGGGUGGGUCUAAUCCUGAAUGCUGAUUGGUUAAAACUACAUUCAAGCCGUGUCUAUUCCACAGAGAUUAGAGAUUGAGCAUAUUUGAUAUCAGUAGCUGUAGCCUAUUUUCCAAUAAAUUAUACAUAAAACAAAAAAGUGAUGAGGCUGUGUUUUAAUUAUGUAACAACCACCGUUGUUUUGGUCUGUAACUGGGCCAUAGAGUAGGCUUAGCUGACUGUUGGGUCAGAUCCCUUGGUUGCCCUGUUGAUAGUCAGAUUACCUGUUUUGGGAAAUCAAGGUGUGAUCUGUGAUUCCUUCUUGAUGGGGUGCUGCAUUUCGUUGCCGUUCCUAAGUGUUUUAUUAUAAGCAUAAUUGACCAUCAGAUGUAAUCUGUAGGUGGAGAGUCAAAACAUGACGAUGCACAUUGAUGACGAUGCACAUUCAACCUGUAAAUGCAUGAAGGAUCAAAUGUGUUAGUAGGAGUGGUCAGAAUAUUCACAAUUAGUAAAACAAGACAGAUACUGUAUUGACUACCUUAUGCCAGGAUCUGGGCCUGUAUGUAGAUUUUCAGAGUAGGAGUGCUAAUUCAGGAUCAGUUUGGCCUUUUAGAUCAUAAUGAAUACGAUUAUAUGGACAGAGGGGGACCUGAUCAUAGAUCCGUUUUUACAAACAGGCAGGAAGUAGAAAUCAGGGUAAAGAAAAGCAGCCAGGGAGGGCGCGUUCAGCAGGACGGAACGUUUUGGAAUGUUCAGAUAGAUAUACAGUGCCUUCGGAAAGUAUUCAGACCCCUUGACUUUUUCCACAUUUUGUUACGUUACAGCCUUAUUCUAAAAUUGAUUGAAUAAAAACGUUUCCUCAUCAAUCUACACACAAUACCCAAUCAUGACAGGUUUUUAGACAUUUUUGCACAUUUAUAAAAAAUAAAAACAGAAAUACCUUAUUUACAUAAGUAUUCAGACCCUUUGCUAUGAGACUCGAAAUUGAGCUCAGGUGCAUCCUGUUUCCAUUGAUCAUUACAUUUACAUUUUAGUCAUUUAGCAGACGCUCUUAUCCAGAGCGACUUACAGUUAGUGAAUACAUAUAUUUUUUUUUAUACUGCCCCCCCGUGGGAAUCGAACCCACAACCAUGGCGUUGCAAACGCCAUGCUCUAUCAACUGAGCUACAUCCCUGCCGGCCAUUCCCUCCCCUACCCUGGACAACGCUGGGCCAAUUGUGCGCCGCCCAUGAGUCUCCCUGUCGCGGCCGGCUGCGACAGAGCCUGGAUUCGAACCAGGAUCUCUAGUGGCACAGUUAGCACUGCGAUGCAGUGCCUUAGACCACUGCGCCACUCAUCCUUGAGAUGUUUCUACAACUUGAUUGGAGUCCACCUGUGGUAAAUUCAGUUGAUUGGACAUGAUUUGGAAAGGCACACACCUGUCUAUAUAAGGUCCCACAGUUGACAGUGCAUGUCAGAGCCAUGAGGUCGAAGGAAUUGUCCGUAGAGCUCCGAGACAGGAUUGUGUCGAGGCACAGAUCUGGGGAAGGGUACCAAAACAUUUCUGCAGCAUUGAAGGUCCCCAAGAACACAGUGGCCUCCAUCAUUCUUAAAUGGAAGAAGUUUGGAACCACCGAGACUCUUCCUAGAGCUGUCUGCCCAGCCAAACAGAGCAAUCAGAGGAGGGGACCAAGUACCCGAUGGUCACUUUGACAGAGCUCUAUAGGUCCACUGUGGAGAUGGGAGAAUCUUCAAGAAGGACAACCAUCUCUGCAGCACUCCACCAAUCAGGCCUUCAUGGUAGAGUGGCCAGACGGAAGCCACUCCUCAGUAAAAGGCACAUGACAGUUGGAGUUUGCCAAAAGGCACCUAAAGACUCUCAGACCAUGAGAAACAAGAUUCUCUGGUCUGAUGAAACCAAAAUUGAACUCUUUGGCCUGAAUGCCAAGCGUCAUGUCUGGAGGAACCUGGCACCAUCCCUACGGUGAAGCAUGGUGGUGGCAGCAUGAUGCUGUGGGGAUGUUUUUCAGUGGCAGGGACUGGGAGACUAGUCAGGAUCGAGGCAAAGAUGAACGGAGCAAAGUACAGAGAGAUCCUUGAUGAAAACCUGCUCAGGACCUCAGACUGGGGCAAAGCUUCACCUUCCAACAGGACAACGACCCUAAACACACAGCCAAGACAACGCAGGAGUGGCUUUGGGACAAGUCUCUGAAUGUCCUUGAGUGGCCCAGCCAGAGCCUGGACUUGAACCCGAUCGAACAUCUCUGGGGAGACCUAAAAAUAAUUGUGCAUCUACGCUCCCCAUCCAACCUGACAGGGCUUGAGAGGAUCUGCAGAGAAGAAUGGGAGAAACUCCCCAAAUACAGGUGUGCCAAGCUUGUAGCGUCAUAUCCAAGAAGACUUGAUGCUGUAAUCGCUGCCAAAGGUGCUUCAACAAAGUACUGAGUAAAGGCUCUGAAUACUUAUGUAAAUGUGAUAUUUCCAUUUUUUAUUUGUAAUACAUUUGCACACAUUUCUAAAAACCAGUUUUUGCUUUGUCAUAAUGGGGUAUUGUGUGUAGAUUGACGAGGAAAAAAACAAUUUAAUCAAUUUUAGAGUAAGGCUGUAACGUAACAAAAUGUGGAAAAAUUCAAGGGGUCUGAAUACUUUCCGAAGGCACUGUAUGCUAUGUAAAACAAACAUGCCUCUCUGGCAUGUAGAAUAAGGAAUCACGUUCGACAACUAUUGGCAACUGGACAUGGCACUGGUGUUGACCUUGUGGCUCUGUGUGGUCACAGCUUCUCUAGGUGUCUGUGAGAAAAAAGACUCUUGGUCCAUGUGUUGAAUAAUACAUGGUAACACCGCUGUAAUGUUUCACCUGCACCCCGUCAAUUAUUGAUCACACCACAACGGGGGGAACAUAGGAAGGGGAGGGACCCUGACCCGCAAAGCAGGAAGUGAAAUAUAAUUAUCUGUGCAAUCCCUGUGUCACACACAUAAGUACACUGUGGCCCAGUUUCCCGGAAGCAGAUUACACCUAUUCCUAUAAUUAAAUGGUUCUCCAUCGAGCAUGAUUUUUUGUCUAGGAGUAGCCUAGGCAUAAACACUGGCACCCAAUAUUUUGAGUCCUUAUUCUGUCGACAGCUGUUAUUGAUGGCCGAUGUUGCAGUAGGAGUAAAAGGCCUAAGUACGUUUUAUUGUGUACUCUGUACCAUAUUAUUACCAUACUCUCCCUCUCCCAGAGGUGACCCGGACAAGUGUGAUAUCUGGGGGAACACGCCGCUCCACCUGGCCGCCGCCAACGGCCACCACAACUGCCUGUCCUUCCUGGUGUUGUUCGGUGCCAACGUGUGGUGCCUGGACAACGACUACCACACGCCCCUCGACAUGGCCGCCACCAAGAGCCACAUGGACUGUGUCCGGUACCUGGACUCCAUCGCCGCCAAGCAGUCGGCCCUUAACCCCAAGGUGAGGUGUCAGGAGCAAUGACAACACAGCAAAUUCUGAGUCUGUGGAUCCAUAUACAGUCGUGGUCAAAAGUGAAAUUUUCACAAAGUCUGCUGCCUCAGUUUUUAUGAUGGCAAUUUGCAUAUACUCCAGAAUGUUAUGAAGAGUGAUCAGAUGAAUUGCAAUUAAUUGCAAAGUCCCUCUUUGCCAUGAAAAUGAACUUAAUCCCCCAAAAACAUUUCCACUGCAUUUCAGCCCUGCCACAAAAGGACCAGCUGACAUCAUGUCAGUGAUUCUCUCGUUAACACAGGUGAGAGUGUUGAUGAGGACAAGGCUGGAGAUCACUCUGUCAUGCUGAUUGAGUUAGAAUAACAGACUGGAAGCUUUAAAAGGAGGGUUGUGCUUGAAAUCAUUGUUCUUCCUCUGUUAACCAUGGUGCCGUCAUCUUUGCUUUGCACAAAAAGGGCUUCACAGGCAAGGAUAUUGCUGCUAGUAAGCACCUAAAUCAACCAUUUAUCGGAUCAUCAAGAACUUCAAGGAGAGAGGUUCAAUUGUUGUGAAGAAGGCUUCAGGGCGCCCAAGAAAGUCCAGCACCACCAGUGCAGAGCUUGCUCAGGAAUGGCAGCAGCAUGACACUAAUCUUAACCUGGACCAGCUGGUAGAUUUAUCGAUCCGGCUGGAUAACCUGUUGGCCACCCGCGGACGUCCAGAUCAGGGUCCUUCCAGUCCAUCCCCCAGCACUUCCGACUCCACACCUAUGGAGCUUGGAGGUGCUGAGGUGGAGAGAACGAGCAAGGGGGUGGUCUCCUGCACCAACUGUGGCUGCAGAGGACACACUGCGGGCCGGUGCAGGAGAGGACCCUCAUGGAAUCGAGGCAGCAGGCAGGGUUCUGGUGGACCAUCCCAGGUGAGUAGGCACCCAACUCACCCAGAGCUCCCUGUUGCUCACAUGAUGGUAAAUGCUAUUUUCCCUGAGUUUUCCCCACAUUCCCAGCAUAGGGCGCUCGUAGAUUCUGGCGCAGCUGGGAAUUUCAUGGAUAGGCUAGUUGCGCAUAGAUUAGGGAUGCCUAUAUUGCCUUUAGAUGUGCCCUUCCCCAUACGUCCCCUAGAUAGUCGCCCUUUAGAGUCGGGUAUGUUUAGGGAGGUCACAGUUCCACUCCGGAUGGAGACGCAGGGGGGUCAUGAGGAGAGAAUUAGUCUCUUCCUUAUUGAUUCUCCUGCGUUUCCUGUGGUGCUGGGGCUUCCCUGGCUAACUACCCAUGACCCCAGUAUUUCGUGGCAACAGAGGGCUCUUAAGGGAUGGUCACCUCAGUGCUCGGGAAGGGGACGAGUGGAAGACGGCAUUUAGUACCACCUCUGGUCACUAUGAGUACCUCGUCAUGCCGUACGGUUUGAUGAAUGCUCCCUCAGUCUUUCAAUUAUUUGUCGAUGAGAUUUUCAGGGAUCUGCACGGACAGGGUGUAGUGGUGUAUAUAGAUGAUAUUCUCAUCUACUCCGCUACAUGCGACGAGCAUGUGUCCCUGGUGCGCAAGGUGCUUGGUAGACUGUUGGAGCAUGACAUGUACGUUAAGGCUGAGAAAUGUCUGUUCUUCAAACAGUCCGUCUCUUUCUUAGGAUACAGCUUGUCAGAGUCAGUGGUCGAGAUGGAGUGUGACCGCAUUUCAGCCGUGAGUAAUUGGCCGACUCCUACCAUGGUAAAGGAGGUGCAGUGAUUUUGGGGUUUUGCCAACUACUACCAGAGAUUUAUCCGGGGCUUUGGCCAGGUAGCAGCUCCCAUAACCUCUUUGCUAAAGGGCGGACCGGUGCGCCUGCAGUGGUCAGCUGAGGCGAACAGGACUUUUGGUCAGCUGAAGGCGCUGUUCACCUCGGCUCCCGUGCUGGCUCAUCCGGAUCCUUCCUUGCAAUUCACAGUCGAGGUGGACGCGUCCGAGGCUGGGAUAGGAGCUGUACUGUCUCAGCACUCGGGCACGCCUCCCAAACUCCGCCCCUGUGCUUUAUUUUCGAAGAAGCUCAGCCCGGCGGUCAAAACUAUAACAUGGGGAUCGGGAGCUGUUAGCUGUUGUGAAAGCUCUUAAGGUGUGGAGUCAUUGGCUUGAGGGGGCUAAACACCCUUUUUUCAUUUUGACUGACCCCCGCAAUCUGGAGUACAUACGGCAGCAGGGAGACUGAAUCCUCGUCAGGCAAGGUGGGCAAUGUUUUUCACGCGUUUUGUGUUCACCUUAUCAUAUAGACCAGGUUCCCAGAAUGCUAAGGCAGACGCUCUGUCCCGGCUGUAUGACUCAGAGGAGCGGACCAGGAAGCCCACUCCCAUACUUCCGGCUUCUUGUCUGGUGGCACCGGUGGUAUGGGAGGUUGACGCGGACAUCGAGCUGGUGUUACGCACGGAGCCCACUCCCCCCCCAGUGUCCAGUGGGUCGUGUGUACGUUUCGUCUGAGGUUCGCGAUCGUUUGAUCUAUUGGGCUCACACGUCACCCUCUUCUGGCCAUCCUGGCAUCGGUCGGACAGUGCGCUGUCUUAGUGGGAAGUACUGGUGGCCUACCUUAGCUCAGGACGUGAGGGUUUAUGUUUCUUCCUGUUCGGUGUGCGCCCAGUGCAAGGCACCUAGACACCUGCCCAGAGGUAAAUUACAACCUCUCCCCGUUCCACAACGGCCGUGGUCACACCUAUCGGUGGACUUUGUUACGGAUCUUCCUCCGUCACAAGGUAACACCACGAUCCUGGUUGUUGUGGAUCGGUUUUCUAAGUCCUGUCGUCUCAUUCCUUUGCCCGGUCUUCCUACUGCCCUACAGACCGCAGAGGCCCUGUUUACACACGUCUUCCGGCACUACGGGGUACCUGAGGAUAUAGUGUCUGAUCGGGGUCCCCAGUUUACAUCGAGGGUCUGGAAGGCGUUCAUGGACCAUCUGGGGGUCUCGGUCAGCCUGACCUCAGGGUUUCACCCCGAGAGUAAUGGGCAGGUGGAGAGAGUAAACCAGGAUGUGGAUAGGUUUCUGAGGUCAUAUUUCCAGGACUGGCAGGGGGAUUGGUCAGUUUACAUCCCCUGGGCAGAGAUGGCACAAAAUUCCCUCCUCCACUGACCUGUCUCCCUUUCAGUGUGUACUAGGUUACCAGCCGGUCCUGGCACCGUGGCAUCAGAGCCAGAUCGAGGCACCUGCGGUGGAUGAAUGGUUUCGGCGCUCGGAGGAGACAUGGAACGCUGCCCAUAUACGCCUGCAAAGGGCUAUUAGGAGACAGAAGGCGAGUGCCGACCGCCACCGCAGUGAGGCUCCGGUUUAUGCACCGGGGGACCGGGUCUGGCUCUCGACCCGAAACCUGCCCCUUCGCCUGCCCUGCCGGAAGCUGGGUCGGCGGUUUGUGGGGCCAUUUAAAUCCUGAGGAGGUUGAACAAGGUUUGUUAUAGGUUACAGCUCCCCCUGAUUACCGUAUUAACCCCUCGUUCCAUAUGUCUCUCCUCAGGCCGGUGGUAGCUGGUCCGCUCCAGGAGAAUGAGGUGAGGGAGGUUCCUCCGCCCCCAUUGGACAUUGAGGGGGCACCGGUGUACUCGGUCCGUUCCAUCCUGGAUUCGAGGCGUCGGGUUGGAGGCCUGCAGUAUCUCGUGGAGUGGGAGGGGUACGGUCCGGAGGAACGGAGCUGGGUUUCCAGGAGGGACAUCCUCGAUCCCUCCUUGUUAAGGGAGUUCCAUCGUCGUCAUCCGACUCACCCUGCUCCGCGUCCUCCUGGCCGUCCCCGAGGGGGGGGGGGGGGGGUACUGUCACGGAUACAGCCGAGGCUGCCCCUCCUCCUUGCUCUGGCAGGCUUCGACGUUCGUCGUCACCGGAGUACUAGCUUCCACCGAUCGAUGUUUCUGUGUCACACUAGUCCUGUCUUUAUUAUUCACACCUGUUACUCAUUAGGCUAAUUGGUUUCCCUAUAUUACCUCUGUUGUCCCUCCAGGGUGUGUGCGUGAUUGUUCAUUGUUACGUCGUCUGUUGAGCUGUUUGUUUUGCUCUUCCCUGCGUGGAGGGUUUGCUAUGGUUUACUUUGUGUUCAGUAAAGCCAUACACUUAUCAGUUCUGUGUCCUGCGCCUGAUUCCGUUUCACCACUUCACCCAGACGCUGACAAAUACAGUCAUGGGUGGUAACUCUACAAUUUACUUGAAAGGCAAGGGACUAUGGGAAAUAUUUGAAUAAGGCUUUACACUAAGCAGUGUUAAACACUGAACACUCUUACGGUGUCUAUAUGGAUCCACAGACUCAACACUUUCAGUGUUGAUUUAACACUGUUUAUUUUGUUUAUUUUAACACUGGAGAAUUAGCUGUGAAGGAACAUAUGCAGGAAGAGUCCUAUGUCAUCUUUAUUGAGACUACUAAAUGCACAUUUUGAACCAGUAGGUUGUUAAAGAAUAUAUUAUAUUUAAAUUGGUUUUUAAAUUGUAGUCAAUUCCACAGCCUGCAUGCAAUUCAGUUUGACGCGUCAUAUAGCCUAAACUGCUAUGGUGGUAUUUGUGGAAUUUUUUAUUGUGAAUAAAUAAAUCUACCUCUCCUAUAAGCUGGUGAGCAAGCUGAAAGACAGAGCAUUCCGCGCGGCAGAAAGGAGGAUAAAGGACUGUGUGAAGAUGCAGCAGAAACACCACCAGCGGAUGGAGAGGAAGUUCCUGAAGGAGAGUGUAGCGUCGGAUAACUCAGACGCCAUGAGCUUCACUAGUUAUAACAGCAGCAGCACGCUAAACCGCAAGCUUCCUCAGUUCAACACAGUCACUUCCAAUAUGCCAUACUCACAGGUCAAAAGCAUUUCUUCCCUGCUACUUCACUGUCAAUUUCUCAUGAAUGCAUUUCCUAUUAUUUUGAUAGUCAAUGGCAGUUUGAGUAAAUCAUUUGAUAUUGUUUUAUGUACCCUGAUGAAUGAAUUCAUGAGUAAGCUCAGGAAAUGUCAGCAUUAUUCAAAUGUCAAAUUCUAUGUCUUGCAUUAAUUUAGUAAAUUAUCUGUUAAUGUCCUCUGAGUCCACGUUUCGAUCUGUGCAAUCCUCUCUCUCUAUAGGCCACUCUACACUCCACAGCCAAGGGUAGGACGAAGAUUCAGAAGAAGCUAGAGAAGAAGAAACAGGUGGACGGCACCUUCAAGAUCUACGAGGAUGGGAGAAAGAGUGUGCGCUCGCUGUCUGGCCUUCAGCUAGGCCAGGACGUCAUGUUCCUCAAGCAGGUAAAAUAAUUUGCUAGGCAGAGACGCAACACCCAAAACAGUUGGUGAGGUUCUGACUAAUGGAAAGUAAACUUUAGAAAAAUAAACACACUCUAUACUCCCAAACAUUAAAUGGAGAACCCAUUACAUUUCCCACAGGCUUAGUGGGAAACCUGGGUUCGCUCCAUUAAAAUGGAUUCCUAUUCAUUGAUGUUCCUUCAACAGGGCACCUAUGCCAACUCCAAGGACCGCUCGCGCCUCAACAUCCGGGACAUGUUCCCUCACCACGGCGACAUCCACAAUCACCAUGACGAUGGCCACGACGAUUAUGACGACGACCGUGCCGACACCAUCUCCCACAUCUCCCGUGCCAUCAGCGACCCAGGCCUCCACAAGGCCGCCUACUCCGAGAUCAGCGCCGAAUCGGGCCGCGACUCUCUGUUCACCCGGCCAGGUCUCGGAACCAUGGUGUUCCAACGGAACUAUAUAUCCGGCGGUCUCUUCGGCAUCGGAGCCCGGGACGACUGUUCCGUGGCUGGCAGUGAACCCAUAGGCCGGGCCCCUAACGUUCGUCUCCGUGGCUACCUCCCACGUCACCAGCCCAGCCUGGACGAUGCAAUAGAGAUAGGAACCUACAGGAGCUGCCCUGGGAUGAGGCUGACGUGGGCCUGGACGAGGAGCUGGAGCCUGAGAACGGACCACUGGAGACCUUCCUGGCCUCCCAGAGCCUGGAG